AUGGCUGCAGUUCCGCUGAAUGAUCUGAUGACUCUUGCAAGAGCUGGCUGCGCUGGUACCGAGAUCGACGCGCUCAGCCACGAUGCAAGGGCCGCCUGGAAGCAGGGCAGGAACGUUGGUGAGAUGCAGUGA